AUGGCUGCCUCUAAGGGUAGGUCACUGGAGCAAACGCCAACAUGGGCUGUUGCAGCUGUGAGUGCAAUAUUUGUGAUUAUAUCCAUACUGAUAGAACAAGGAAUUCACUCUCUUGGAAAGUGGUUUCAAAAACGCCACAAGAAAGCCAUGAUGGAAGCUUUGGAGAAAAUAAAAGCUGAACUGAUGCUACUGGGAUUCAUAUCGUUACUACUUACUGUGGGUACAUAUUACAUUCCAGAAAUAUGCAUCCCUGAAAAGAUAGGACAUUCGAUGCUUCCAUGCAAACCAAAGUCUGAUUAUGCAGGAACGAUUGAUAAAAGUAAAAUUAGCGAGGAUAACGACAGAAGAAAGUUACUUUCUUAUGCUGAAGAUCACAUGGUAUGGCGUCGAGUGUUGGCCGAUUCCGGGGGAAAAGGUUCUUGCGACAAAGGUAAAGUUGCCCUGAUUUCACAAAGUGGGAUGCACGACUUGCACAUAUUUAUAUUUGUGCUUGCUGUUUUUCAUGUUCUUUACAGUGUGGCCACCAUUCUACUGGCCAAGGCCAAAAUGAAGAAAUGGGAGGCCUGGGAAUCAGAAACUUCAACCCUGGAGUAUCAAUACACAAAUGAUCCUGCAAGGUUCAGAUUCACCCAUCAAACUUCUUUCGUGAAACGUCAUUCUGGUUUCUUGACAAGUCCCGGCAUAAAAUGGAUAGUGGCCUUCUUCAGGCAAUUCUUUGGUUCGGUGACCAAGGUGGACUAUUUGACCAUGCGCAUUGGUUUUAUCAACGCACAUUUUGCACCCAACAGCAAAUUUGACUUCCAUAAAUACAUAAAAAGAUCCAUGGAAGACGAUUUCAAAGUCGUAGUGGGAAUUAGCACCCCUCUAUGGGCUUUUGCUAUCAUCUUCUUACUUCUAAACGUUUACAAAUGGCAAACUCUCACCUGGUUGUCUUUAGUCCCCCUAACGAUACUUCUUUUAGUGGGUACAAAGCUUGAACUUAUCAUCAUGGAAUUGGCUCAAGGAAUCCAGGAUCGGACUACUGUGGUUAGAGGGGCUCCUGUGGUUGAGCCAAAUAACAAGUAUUUCUGGUUUAAUCGACCCCAGUGGAUUCUCUUCUUUAUACAUUAUACACUGUUUCAGAAUGCAUUCCAAAUGGCAUAUUUUCUUUGGGUAGUGUUUAAAUACACCAUACGCUCUUGUAUCCACGAAAAAUUGUAUUUUGCAUUGGGAAGAGUUUUUCUAGGCGAUGGGCUUCAAAUACUAUGCAGCUACAUUACCUUUCCUCUGUAUGCCUUGGUGACGCAAAUGGGAUCUCACAUGAAAAGGUCCAUAUUCGAGGAGCAAACAGCCAAAGCUCUAAAGAAUUGGCAGAAGGCUGCCAAGAAGAGAAACAAGAAGAAAACAGCAGAGGGAGGAUCAGUAGGGAAUAGUCAUGUGUCUGUGUCUGAGAGCGGGGAAGCCACACCAAGCCAAGGAACAUCGCCCUUACACUUGCUACACAAUCACACACACAGGUCCAGUACUCAUCAGACGGAGCAGUUGCAGGAUAGCGUUCUUAAUUCCCCAAUUUCUAAUUACUCUUACCCCUCCGAUCCCGAUCUCUCUGAUAUCGAGGAUUCCACUCAUGCUCCUCCUCCAGAUUCAAGACCACUUGAUCAUCAAGUGAAACCAACAGAUCAUCAUGACAUUGAUUUUUUCUUCAAGCCUUGA